UUUGGAUAGCGGGAGAUGUCUUGGAGUGACAGUGGAUCAACGGUGGAUACUUUCGUCAGACUCAAGCUAAAAAUACGGACAGUUGGAAAUCAAGCUAGUUCGCUGACUUGCGUGAAGGAAGAAAUUGAAAAGACUGGAUCAUAGCUAACUGCCGAAAUAUAAACAAAGAUUUCUUCGUAAAAUAACGGCUGCAUAUUUAAACUGUCUGUGUUUGCAUACAAUUGUUACACUGAAGACUAAGAAAGAAAGGGGGUCGUGGUCUCUAGAAGUUUGCUAAAGCCACGCUGUCGGCUAGCGGUGUUGCCUGGCUCAGAAGUUACACUCGAGGGGAGCAGUGCAGCCAUGGACCGUCCUGUCUCUCUCCAGCUCUAUAAGGCAGCCAUGUUGCUGAGUGGGGUUGGUGAUGCUCUGGGUUACCGGAACCAGUUGUGGGAGUACAACGAAUCAGGCCCAACGAUCCAUAAGGAGCUUCAAGAGCUUGGUGGGCUUCAGCAUAUUGCCGUAGAACUUCCUGAUUGGCCGGUUAGUGAUGACACUGUUUUACACCUGGCAACUGCAGAGGCUCUUGCAACUGGAAAGGAGGGAGACCAGCUUCUGCAUGAUGUGGCUUUCCGCUACACAGAAGCAAUGAAGGACAUGGAGGGCAGGAAGCCAGGACCUUCAAGCAUUUUAGGGGUGUCCCAGUUGAGACCAGGAUGUGACGGUGGCUACAGGGUGCCCUAUAACCCAGAGGGGACAGGUUGUGGGGCUGCAAUGAGGUCCAUGUGUAUUGGUCUGAGGUAUCCUCAUCCUGACCAGCUCCAAUCUCUGGUCUCCGUAGCUGUGGAAACUGGACGGAUGACCCACCCUCAUCCCACUGGCUUCUUGGGUGCUGUUGCAUCUGCGCUUUUCACCUCGUAUGCUGUCCAACGCCGACCUAUCAUGAGCUGGGGGUUGGGUCUGGUGAAGGAGGCCUGCCCAGUCGCAAAGAGUUUUGUCCUGUCACAGGGCUAUGCAGUGGAGGAGACACUGAGAGACUGGGAUUACUUCACUGAGAAAUGGACAUGGUACCUGGCCGAGAGGGGUCUCUCAUCAGGGGUGGGGCCUGCAUGCUGGCCCCACCCCUAUGGGCCAGUUGAGAGAGACCUGGCCUACAAGAGCUUCAGCCUGUCUGGUUGGGCAGGCCGCAGCGGACAUGAUGCUCCUAUGAUUGCCCUGGACUCAUUGCUUGGGGCGGGGUCUGACUGGGGAGAACUCAUGAGUCGAGCAGGUUUUCAUGGAGGUGACAGUGACAGCACUGCUGUGAUAGCAUGUUGUUGCUGGGGUCUGUUCUAUGGUACUGAGGGCGUUCCUGAGUGUAACUACCGUAACCUGGAGUACAGGGACAGGCUGGAGAGCAGUGCAGAGAAACUGUAUGCACUUUCACACUGACAUAGAGGGAGUAUGGAGUAUUGAUGAAUGCACUGAGUUCAAAUUAAAUGUGAUUUAUGUGCACUAAUUACAUUUAAAUGAAACUUAAAUUACACUUGACUUACAUUGCACAAUACAUUAGAUUAACAAGUUUCACUGUGCUUUUUUACUGCUUUAGUUUACUUUUGGCAGUAUAAUAGCUUGUGGUAAUAUUUGAUAAUCAUACUUGAAAGUAGAAGUCACAAUCAACAAACUGUACAUCACAUUUUCAGUGAAGGGCUACAAUAAAGAUGGAACUAUAGUAUAGAGUAUACUCUUGCUUCAUAGUCCUGUAGAACUUUCCCACUGUUGUUUCGUACUCUGUGAUCAAUGUUCAUUACAUAUCAACCAAUUAUGUCUGAUAUAUACUCACUGAGCUCUUUAUCUACUUAUUCAAGCGAUUAUCUAAUCAGCCAAUAAUGUGGCAGCAGUGUAAUGAAUACAGUCAUGUAGACAAAGGUCAGGAGCUUUAGUUAAUCACAUCAGAUGGUUUCACAUCAACCAUCGGAAUGGGGAAAAAGUGUCAUUUAAACCGUGGAAUGAUUGUUGGUGGCAGACAGGUUAGUAUCUCAGAAACUGCUGAUUUCCUGGGAUUUUCACUCACACUAGUCUUUAGCGUUUGCAAAGAAUGGUGUCAAAAACAAACAAAAAAUCCUGUGAGUAGCAGUUCUGCAGACAGAAACACCUUGUUAAUGAGGGACAUCAGAGGGGAAUGGCCAGACUGGACAAAGCUGACAGGAAGGUGACAGUAACGCAAAUAACCACACAUUACAACAGUGGUAUGCAGAAGAGCAUCUCUGAACACACAAUGUAUCAUAACUAAGGCUACAGCAGUAGAAGUCUAAAAUACCUAAAAGUGCUUGGUGAGUAUAGAUUACUAUCUGUUGUUUAUUAUAUGCAGCCUUUUUUCUUCAUUUUUACUAAGGGUGCCAAUAAUUCUGGAUCUAACUGUAUGCCUUUAAGAAAAGUGCAAUCUGGGUUGGUUUUUGACAAAUUGGUGCACUGAGGCACAGAGCACGCCCUCUUGCUGUGAGGUUCUACCAUUGUUGCACAGGAAGUGAACUGCCCCCACAUGUUGUGAGUUUUUUCCCUCUGUUUGCCUGUAAAGGUGCAAUGCAAAUACAAUUGAAUUGGCUAUAUUGUUAUUUCAGAACAAUGGAGUAUUGGCAACAGGUUCUAGCUCUAAUGAUUCUAUGGUAUGGUGAUAGUAACUGUUGUUCAGUUGGGGCGGGGCCAGAUUUAAAGAAUACUGUGUUAGGGUAGAGUAUCCCGGGACUGACUCCCAGCAGCAGAAAGAACUCGGGGUGAGUUGAGUAAAUAGAGACAUAAGACAGACAGACCUGUAGUUGGCUGUGUUCAUCAUAGUCGUAUUUAUUUUGGGAUGUAAAGAGACUAGAGACUGUUGAAUGAUGGUCCAUUGGGUAGGUUUGCAAAAAUCCCACAAUUAUGCACAAUCAAUAAGCAUGCAUUGAUGAAUGCGUGUUUGGUAUGCUUGGCAAUACUCAAGCUUCAUUUCUGGUCUCAGUCUGUUAAACCACUGCAUUACUGUGCAUCAUCCACCCACUGGUGUGAAAUGGCACUGAAGCACUGCG